AUGGGCGCGGGAUGGCGGCGCUGGGGGCGCUGGUGAAGAAGGCGUGGAGCGUGCGGAGGUUCGUGGUGCUGCUGUGCGCGCCGCUGGCGCUGGUGCCCAUCCUGCUCAGCCUCCCCCCCAAGGAAGGAAGAUGCCUCUAUGUGAUCCUGCUGAUGGCCCUGUACUGGUGCACCGAGGCCCUGCCCUUGGCUGUGACAGCUCUGCUGCCCAUCGUCCUCUUUCCCUUCCUGGGGAUCCUCCCAUCUAACAAAGUUUGCCCACAAUACUUUUUAGACACCAAUUUCCUGUUCCUCAGUGGUUUAAUCAUGGCCUCGGCCAUUGAGGAGUGGAAUUUACACCGCAGGAUUGCUCUCCGGGUGCUCAUGUUGGUGGGAGUCCAGCCAGCCAGACUAAUCUUAGGGAUGAUGUUGACAACGUCUUUCCUGUCCAUGUGGUUAAGUAAUACUGCCUCCACUGCUAUGAUGCUUCCAAUUGCAAAUGCAAUUUUAAAAAGCCUCUUUGGGGAGAAAGACACUUCUAAGGAUAUGAACAGGGAAAAUGAAGAAAACCAAGCAUCUUUACAGCAGAAUAAACUUUACACUGUACCAACUGAGAUGCAGUUUCUGGCAAGUACUGAGGACAACAAAGAUCUGGCGGAGGAGAAGGAGCUCUCCAGUGAUGCUCUCUCAGACUUAAAGAAGGAGGAGGAAUACAAAACAAACAUAUGGAAAGGUUUCCUCAUCUCAAUCCCAUAUGCAGCCAGCAUUGGAGGUACAGCAACGCUGACGGGAACUGCACCAAACCUCAUCCUUCUGGGACAGCUGAAGAGUUAUUUUCCAGAAUGUGAUGUGGUGAACUUUGGUUCUUGGUUUAUGUUUGCAUUUCCUUUAAUGCUGAUUUUUCUUCUCAUGGGAUGGCUAUGGAUCUCCAUCCUGUAUGGAGGAAUUAACCUGAGGGGCUGGAAAACAAAAAAGUCAAAUAUAAGAGUGGAUGCAGAAGCCCGAGCCAAGGAGGUGAUAAAGGAGGACUACCAGAAACUGGGUCCAACAAAGUUUGCAGAACAGGCAAUUUUCUUCUUCUUCUGCAUGUUUGCAAUCAUGCUGUUCUCCAGGGAUCCCAAAUUCAUUCCAGGCUGGGCAAGCUUGUUUGCACCAGGGUUUAUUUCAGAUGCAGUUACAGGAAUCACCAUUGUGAUUAUACUGUUCUUCUUCCCUUCACAAAAACCUUCCUUCAGGUGGUGGUUUGACUUGAAAGCACCAAACACAGAGACCCAGCCCUUGCUGACUUGGAGGAAGGCCCAGGAGACAGUGCCCUGGAACAUCAUCCUGCUGCUUGGAGGAGGCUUUGCCAUGGCCAAGGGCUGUGAGGAGUCUGGCUUGUCUGUGUGGAUAGGAGGCCGUCUGCAUCCCCUGGAGGGGGUGCCACCUCCCGUGGCUGUCAUCCUCAUCACGGUUGUCAUCGCCUUGUUCACGGAGUUUGCCAGCAACACUGCCACUAUUAUCAUCUUUCUGCCUGUCUUGGCAGAGCUGGCCAUUCGUCUGAAAGUGAAUCCCCUCUAUUUAAUGAUACCAGGAACUAUAGGAUGCUCCUAUGCAUUCAUGUUGCCAGUCUCAACACCUCCCAACUCAAUUGCCUUUUCCUCUGGACAUUUGAUGGUCAAGGAUAUGGCCAGAACGGGGUUGCUCAUGAAUCUUAUGGGAGUUCUGCUUCUUAGCCUGGCUAUGAACACAUGGGCCAAGAGCAUCUUCCAGCUGGGGACCUUCCCUGCAUGGGCCAACAUCCAUGCAGAAAAUGCCACCUCACUUGUGACAGCUGUAGAAAAUGUCACUUUAAGUGCACUAAAUAAAAUAUGAACAAAGCCA